AUGAGGCCUUCUCUUAUUAUUGCGGCAGUCCUUCCCGCUAGUUGUAUAGCUAUCCCUCUCUCUCAAGUUGAAGAUUCUACCACCAAGUUCUCGCUAAGCAAUGUGGAUGUCACCCCGGCACAGCCAGAACCCCUCAAUACAAGCUUCGCAACUAUUCGCCCUCGAGACGCCCGCUCCAAUCCACCAUGCCCACCUGGGCAGACGUUCGACCGCUCUAUCUGUUUUACCUCCGACAUCGUGAGCCGCUUUUGUAACGGACCUCCAGGUCAAGCUGGGGAGAGGAGGGAGAUUUACUGUUUCUCUGAUGAGGUCUGCGUGCAGCGCCGAUUAAGCGAUGGAAGAACUUUUGCUGAAUGCCAUCCGAUCGCCACGCUUAUAAGAUGGAAGUCAGACCCAAAUGGGAAUAAGGAAGGCUGUACUUCGAUAAGUGAAAAGAAAGGGAGAUUUCAUAACGUAGGAACAAUUGUUUAUGAUAUAAAUAAGCACCCUAUCCAAGUCGGCAAGAUUACAUACCUUAGAGAACCUGGUAAUAUAGAUAAGGGAAUUAGGGGAUCAACAUCUUUCUUUGAUAGUGACGUCUGGAAUUUCGCUAAUAAUCAGUUCAUGCGUGGUAAGUAUGAAUUACUAAUCUAUUAA